CCAAUAUGGCUGCCAAAAAAUCAAGAAAAGUGUUCUAAUUUCUUUAAUUUUUUCGUUUUUUAUUUGUUUUAUUUGACCUUUUUUUAAUUGUAUUGUUGCCGUAUAUAUCCAGUUAUUUAAACAUGCCAAAGAAAAAGACAGGGGCUCGCAAAAAGGCAGAGAAACAACGAGAAAGACAAAAGGGAAUAAAGAAUUCAAAGCAGUUUAGAGACAUUGUGGAGCUGCCGUGCAACUUUCAAAUGGAAUGUGAUAAGUGUAAAAUGAGACAGAAGAAUCGAGCCUUUUGCUAUUUUUGUUCUGCCAUUCAAAAGCUUCCAGUUUGUGCUGAAUGUGGAAAAUCAAAGUGUAUGUCAAAGACUGGUGAUUGUGUUGUGAAACAUCCCAACUCUCAUACAACUGGAAUGGGAAUGGUUGGUGCUGUGUGUGAUUUUUGUGAAGCAUUUGUGUGUCAUUCAAAAAAGUGUCUAACAACGCAUGCAUGUGAUUGCGUUGCACGCGAUGGAGACUGUAUUGAAUGUGAACGUGGUGUCUGGGAUCAUGGUGGCAGAAUAUUCCGUUGUUCUUUUUGUCAUAAUUCACUCUGUGAGGACGAUCAAUUUGAACAUCAAGCGAAAUGUCAAGUCCUGGAUUCUGAGACUUUUAAAUGUGGUUCAUGCAACAAAUUAGGACAAUACUCUUGUCUUCGCUGCAAGCUGUGUUUCUGUGAAGACCAUGUUCGUCGCAAGGGCGUAAAGUACAAACGGGGAGAGGAAAUACCAUGUCCUAAAUGUGGGUUUGAGACAAAUUCGACCAAAGAUCUUAGCAUGUCGACACGCCGAAUGGCUUACGGCCGACAUUCAGCGGAGACUUACGAUGAUGACGACGACGACGAUGACGACGGAUCGUUCCCUAGAUACGGUUACUAUGGCUACAGUGCAAGCGCGUACAGCGGCGAGGGGGAAAAUGAGGAUGAGGAGGAAUCUGAAGAUGAUGACGAUGAAGUGGAAAUUGAUGAGGAAAAACACGCGGAUGAUGUGGAAGGUGAGCUUGAACGUUGUUGUGAUGACGACGAAGUUAGAAACCUCCUCUCUAACUCGCUGGAGAAAACAAAAAUUUAAAACUCUACGAAUUACAGUUUUAAAUUUUAAACGAAAAACUCCAACACAAGGCAAUGCGAUUUAUGAUUAGAAUAUAUAUCGUGAGCGUGGAACGUGGGACUCGUUUAUGAUUUCAAUCUGAAAGAUUGAGAGAUCUUAUGGGGGCUGUUUACAUGAGCCCGGUUACCCGAGAUUCAACGAAGCGUGAGAGGAAUUUGAGGUAUUGAAAUAAGU